AUGCAGAACGGAGAUGAUACGCCGGCGGCGGCCGACACAACGAAGAAACCCCUUCCUGAAGAAAUAACGAAGCAAUCCUUCCGUCUCAAAGUUUGGCGACAUCUGGAGACAAAUGGACUGGCUAUGUUUCCUCGGCCGGUGUUCAACCGGAUUCCUAAUUUCAAGGGCGCUCAGGAGGCGGCCGCAAAGUUGGCAGAAUUAGACGUGUUCAAGAACGCAAAUACUGUUAAAGUGAACCCGGAUAAACCGCAGGAGCCUGUCAGGGCGAUUUGUUUGGAACAGCACAAGACACUGUAUGUACCAGUACCCCGUCUACAGAACGGCUUCCUGAACCGACUCGUAUUGCCUGAAGGCGAGACUGGUCCUGCAGCAAUAAGGAAAGCCGUGUCACGUAACGGCAUGGAAACUUAUGGACAACCCAUAGGUAUUGAAGACACAGUCUCUUUAGACCUAGUUGUUAUGGGUUCUGUGGCAGUUUCCAAGGAGGGCUACCGCAUUGGCAAAGGAAGAGGUUAUGGCGACUUGGAGUUUGGUCUUAUGAUGCACAUGAAGGCCAUCAAGCCAACCACACUGGUCGCAACCACCGUCCACGAUUGUCAGGUGUUCGAUACGCUGCCAGCGGAAUUAUUUGGCCCUCACGACGUUCCUGUUGAUCUUAUUGUCACGCCAACACAGGUGAUAGAGACGCAGCGUAUGAGUCAGAGACCGGGGGGCAUCCUGUGGCAUCUACUGUCCAACCGUCGCAUACAGCUAAUGCCUAUACUCGGCCAACUGCGUGAAGUCGAAAUGCUCGCUGGUCGAGCUUGUACUUUGAAGGAAGUGGACACAGAUGUAGAGGAACGCACGGCCAACCGUCCGAGACGUCCCAGAAGACGCACUCGCUCGCACAAGAGCCAGAGCGAAGGAGAGGGUAACACCACCGAGGGUGAGGAGGGCAAAGGUGGUAAGCCGCGACGUGGGAGGAGGCGUAACAGCACCAAGUCCAAGGAGGGCAAGGAGAAGGACGUGAAAGAAGAAAAACCGCGUCGCCCUAAACGUCCGCGUCCGGUUAUUGAUUUUUCUGUAAAGAUAUCGAACAUCAGCCCCAACACACGCGUGCGCGAUCUUAAACAAGCAUUGUCUGAACGCGGCGUCAAACCACAGGUCAUGGUUUGGAAGGGUUUCCGUGGUUUUUGCUUUCUGCAUUUCUUUAAACCGGGACCACAAAAGGGUGAAGGCGACAGCGCGCCGGCGAUAAACAUGGAGAGUGUGCUGGCGGCGCUGGCGGAGAUGUCGGUGGGGGGCAGCGGGGGCGGCGGCGGCGACGGCGACGAACGCGACGACAAGCCGCGCCUGCUCAGCGUGGAGCCCGCGCCGCCGCGCCAGCCGCGCGUGCCGCGCCAUCCGCCCGCCCAGUCGGACCUCCAGCCGGACCCUCAGACGAACCCCCAGGAGGUUCAUUGA